AUGGAGGUGCAAGUGUUAUCAUUCUACUACUGUCUACUCUUUCUGGCUUUGUUUUUCAUCUCAAAACUUCUCAUUCUAAGAGGGAAAAACCUUCCACCUAGUGGCCCUCUCUGUUUACCCGUAAUCGGCCAUCUCUAUCUCUUCAAGAAACCACUCUACCGCACCUUAGCUCGAAUCUCCGGUAGUUAUGGUCCAAUCAUAAUCCUCCGCUUCGGUUCUCGCCGUGUUCUCGUUGUCUCUUCGCCGUCGGUAGCGGAGGAAUGCCUCACAACCAAUGACAUCAUCUUUGCCAACCGCCCUCGCCUCCUCGUCGGUAAAUACUUAGGUUACGAUUAUACCAUAAUUCCAUGGGCACCCUACGGCGACCAUUGGCGCAACCUCAGGCGCAUCACCACCGUCGAGAUCUUCUCUUCUACCCGUCUCCAGAUGUUUUCUAAUGUACGGAUCAGUGAAGUACACUCUCUAUUACGGCGACUCGCCGCCGACGAUACCGGAGAAUCUUUUAAAACGGUAGACAUGAAAUCCAUGUUUUUUGAGCUGACUCUCAAUUUCAUGAUGAUGAUGAUAGCUGGAAAACGGUACUAUGGUAAUAACGUGAGUGAUUUGGAAAAGGCAAAACGGUUCAGAGAGAUUGUGAAGGAAUCGUUUGUCGUUGGUGGGGUUUCAAACGUUGGAGAUUUCUUGCCAGCGUUGAGGUGGGUUGGGCUUUUUAAGGAUUUGGAGAAGAAGUUGGUUAAUUUGCAGGGAAAGAGGACUGGGUUUAUGCAGGAAUUGAUCGAAGAGCAUCGGAUGGUGGGAACUCAUCAGACUCAAUCAAAGGAGGAGAAGAAGACGAAAACGAUGCUUGAUGUUCUAUUGUCACUACAGGAAGCUGAACCGGAUUACUACACCGACGAAAUUAUCAUUGGCAUUAUACUGACAUUACUAUCAGCUGGUACUGAUUCUGCAAGUGGGACCAUGGAGUGGACAAUGACACUAUUGCUGAACCAUCCAAAAGUUCUCAAAAAGGCCCAGGCUGAGAUCGAUUCUACCAUAGGACAAGGCCGACUAAUCAACGAAUCAGAUCUCACCAAUCUCCCUUACCUCUUUUGCAUCAUAAAUGAGACACUUCGGAUGUACCCAUCUGGCCCACUACUAGCACCUCAUGAAUCAUCAGAAGAGUGUAUUGUAGGAGGGUACACCAUCCCACGAGGUACAAUGCUAUUGGUGAACGUAUGGGCAAUCCAAAAUGACCCUAAGUUAUGGGUAGAGCCCAGAGAGUUUAGGCCUGAAAGGAUGGAAGGAGUUGGAGGGGGAAGUGAUGGAUUCAAGUUGAUGCCAUUUGGGUCAGGGAGGAGGGGAUGUCCUGGGGAAGCCUUGGGCAUGCGCAUGGUUGGCUUAGCAUUAGGCUUAUUGAUUCAGUGCUUCGAGUGGAAGAGGAUUGGACAAGAGAUGGUAGACACGGAGGAAGGCACGAUUGGGCUCUCUUUGUCCAAAGGUAAGCCAUUGGAGGCUAGCUGUAGGCCACGCUCAACCAUGUUGGGCCUUCUUUCCCAAAUCUGA